AUGGACUCCCCUCACAUCAAAUUCGAGAUUCCCGAUGAGCAUCGAACGUUUUCGCCUUUCCCCCGCCUUCCGCCUGAGCUCCGCCAGCAGAUAUGGAGAGAGGCCGUGUCGACCCCGGGAAUGAGCUUCGUCAAACUGGAGAGCCGGGGCCGGAACUGGAGAUGGGUGUCGUUGAAUAGGCCCUUUUCACAGGCCGUUUCCGAUAAUGGCUCUAGCAAGGGCGACGACCUCGACGAGAUCGCUUUGGAGGUCAAGAAUGAAGUUGCUCCCCGGCGGUUGUGGGACACGCGCCUUGUCCCCAUGUCAGCAAACCAAAAGUCCGACAUUUCCAGUUAUCAUGGCCUCAACAAGCAGCUCGCAGCGCUCCUCACGACAUGUGGAGAGUCCCACGACAUGGUGGACAGCCUGAUGCGCAAGAAAGGCGCUGUUCGCUCGAGCAACGGCAAGCUGGUGGCCUUGGCAGGCUCGUCUGACAUCAUCUUUCUGGAAUAUUUCCCUUCUGAGCUCUUUGAAAGCGGGUGCAGCUACGACAUCGACCCAAACUGUCCCAGCUUGGACAAUAUUCGACGGGUGGCGGUUCGAUACUGUCACCAGUGGCAGGAGAAGCCAGUACCUUCAGUAUGUCCCUUGUGCGGACUCGUCCAUGAAGCCGCGAACAACAACGUGGUCUAUCCGAAUCACCUCUACCACUUUCUGGCAAGGCAUUUACCCAAUCUGGAGGAGUUUUAUUUUGUGGACUACUUCCUCUUGCGCAAAGCGGCGCCAUCAAAUCCUGAUUCUCGCAACUGGUCACCGCGCAAGUACAAAUGCGGCCCCCGAACAUACUACGAAGCAGACGCCGAAGCCUGGGACAUGAAGCCACAGGUCCUCCGAAUGCAGGAGUGGCUACGAGACCGAUUCAUCCGAUACGCCAAGGCAAGCCAGCUGAGUCGUCACAAGAGCCCCGAAAAGGUGCGGUUUGGUAUUUUGGCAUGCGAGUGGGAUAUCGCCCCGCCAGUAUCGCUCAAGACGCAACCCGCACCACCAGCUCCCAAGGGUCGUAACAAGCGUAUGAUGUACGAAGAUCAUGCGCUGCGUCGGCAGCGGCUUCGCCGGAAGUCACGAAACGCAAAGCCGGUGAGCCCAAACGUGGUGGCUGCCAAUGUGCCAUUCGUCUUUGGCAACCCAGACAAUUCGUUCGAGUUUACGUUUGAGGUGGACUGGAGGCGGAUGUAA